AAAGAUCAGUGUUUCCAUAUUCCUGCUCUCUUUGAACUUGUCCCCACAUUUCAUGCUGCCACGGACUUGUCCCCUUUGGAUAAAUCUCCACUAUUAUGGGUCCUUCCUUCCCAGAUAUCUGGCAGCAUUUCCAGAUUUCAGGAGAAGCUGAUAGGAUCAAACUGAACCCUUUGGAGUCAUUAUACUCCAGUCCAAGGACUCCAGCUUCUCCGAGGCCCAGCAGAGACACAUUUUCUGCGGAGGUCUUCUGAGCUGCAGGCCUCACUGAAGAGAAUGUGCAGCUUCUCAAGCAGGAAGACGUUUUGUGGCUGAGUCUAAAUGAAACAGAAGUUGCUUUGUGCACACACACACACACACACACACCCCGGAGUAGGGAAACCGUCAUUUUCCUACUCGCCCUCUGACAUCAACCACCUUCUCUGUAGCUACAGUUUCUCUGCACUCAAAUUCAUCCCUGGCAAUGAAAAAUGAGCCUCUCCCCUACCCUUGCUGCCGCCUUUCGCCUCACGCCCCCAGAGAAGAGUUUCUUCGUGUGGCAGCCGGUGAAGGUUUUUUUCCAAGUCACAUGAUCCAGGAUGCAGGGGGAGAAUCCUUCUUGGAACAGAGAUGGGCCCAGAACCGAAUGAGAUGAGGAGAGAUAGGGUGUGCUGUGGGAAGACUAUAUAAGAAUGGACCCACGGCUGCAGCAAGCACUCAACCGAGUGGCCCCUUCUCAAGACACAGCCAUGCAUGUGCCAGAAGGCUCCGUCGCCAGCCACUUGGGAACCACGAGUCGUGGUUACUUCUAUUUCACCACGACCGUGCUGGCUUUGUGUCUCGUCUUUGCUGUGGCAACCAUCAUGGUGUUGGUAGUUCAGAAGAAGGAUUCCAUUCCCAACCCACCUGGAAAAUUCCCCCUUAAAGGAGGAAAUUGCUCAGAAGACAUCUCAUGUAUACUGGAAAAGGCUCCAUUCAAGAAGUCAUGGGCCUACCUCCAAGUGUCAAAGCAUAUAAACAAAUCCAAGUUGUCUUGGAACAAAGAUGGCAUUGUCCAUGGAGUCAGCUAUCAGGAUGGGAAUCUGGUAAUCCAGUUCCCAGGUUGGUACUUCAUCAUUUGCCAACUGCAAUUUCUCGUGAAAUGCCCAGAACAUUCUGUUGACCUAAAGUUGGAGCUUCUCAUCAACAAAGAUGUCAAAAAGCAGGCGCUGGUGACAGUGUGUGAAUCUGGAGUGCAAAACAAAAACAUAUACCAAAAUCUCUCUCAGUUCUUGCUGGAGCAUCUGCAGGUCAAUACCACCAUAUCAGUCAAAGUGGAUAAAUUCCAGUAUGUGGAUACAAACACCUUUCCUCUUGAGAAUGUGUUGUCCAUCUUCUUAUAUAGUAGUUUAGACUGAACCAUUUCUCCUGGCCUUCAGGAAGAAAGCAACUCUCUACCAUACAGUAUUCAUCCAUCAAACACUUGGGCAAAAAGAAAACUCAAGACCAAGACUAAAACCACAAAGGGUAUUAAAUAACACGCUUCUCCUUCUUGUCUCUUGGGAAGAUACAGCUCCAGGGUUAAAAAAAAAAAAAAAAAAAAAAAGAACAGUUUUGAAUGAAGUAUCUUUCAAAUAGAAGGCAGGGAAGCAAGGCAGUGUGGUGGGAAAAGUCCCACAUAGGUAUCAGAAGGGAUGGAUUCAUGCCCUGGCCCAAUCAUUAACUCACUGUAUGACCUGGAGCUAUUCCUUUCCCCUCCCUGGAACUCUGGAUCCAUGUCUGAGAAGUGAAGGGGCUGGAUUUGAAUCUAUCCAAAAUCUCUACCAUCUCAGAAGACCAGGAUCUCUCAUCCCAGACCUGUGAACUAAGAUCCCAAGCAGUGUUCUAGAAGCCCCGUAACCAAAGGAAAGGCCCUCACACCAAUAUAAAUCCAAUGAUACUAGUAGUAUCUGGCUGCAUGCCACCUCAGCACAGUCAGAAUUUGGGGACAAGACUCAUGGUACCUUGCCAAAUGAUGUGAACAGUGGGAUCUAAAAUGUAUAAAAGAAAGGACUGCCCAACUGACCAUCCUGAAUCUAAAAGGCCUCCUGGUAUUUGGAAAACCACCUGACCAGGCUUGACUCCAUUCAAGUUAAGAUUGACAGUAAGUCAAUAGCAGACACCUUUUGUUUCUUGUGGGGAAGGGCUGUGCAUUCUGCAAAUGCUCCAUCAGUGUGCAGUGGUCAUGGUGAUGCAGCCAUUUGGUCAGGCAAUAGCUGCCGUCAUUUCUCACAUGAUCUCUCUUAGGGAACCAUUUCUGUGAAGGGUUAUUAAGGCCCCAAAGUGUUGUUGAUAAAUGAUUAUGGCCCUGUAAAUGGUGAGAAGGACUUCUGAACAAUGGUAAACUCCUCUCCUGAGUUGGGUAACCAUGAGAUUUCUCUAGCUCCAUCAACCUACCUUUACAUCCAUCCAUCAUUUCCAAGGAGCACCUUAUCUGUUUGAAAGAAGGACCAUUCAGCUUGAAGUAUAAAUCCUCAGAAUUUAUGCUUCAGAAGAAAAAAGGGACCCUUAACUGCCAUGCAAAAGACUGGAGCAAAAUUUGCAUUUUUCUCAAAAAAAGAGGAGGGAAAAGAAAAAUGUAGGAAGUCGGGUGCAUUUGUCAGAGAAAGACUAGAAAAAAGUGUAAAAGAAGAAAGAAAGAAAAAAAAAGACCCAGUCUUGUUGGUAUGGAUGAGAAAGAAUUGGAAAAACAAAAUAGCUAGGGAAAAAAUUUAAGUCAUUUGCUGAGCAGCAUAGUAUGUUAACCUCCUCUUCGGCCUCCUCUAUGAAAUAUUCAGUAAAGUCUACAUUUCUCAUAACACUUUCUAUGAGUAGAUUCUUUGGGAGGAGCGGGCAUUAGAAGUUUUGAAUUGAGCAAGCCAAGUAUGUUGCAAACACAGAGACAGGUUUCGAGGACCCAAAACUAGCAAGUAAGGGGGUAUGUGGCAUUUGAGUUAUACUCUAACUCAGAAGGACAAAUGAACCUUGUUUAAGCCAACUCAUGCAUUCUUGAAAAGGUAUCUCCAAUCUAAGCUUGUAUAAACUAAGGAAAUUUUCUACUGUCUCAUACUCAAACUUCAGAAAGAAUCCCAUUCCUUCUCUGAGCAGAAACACCUGACUUUUGCACUUGAGUGAUUCCUACUCUCAAUCUCUGUCAAGCAAUGCUCUGAAAGCCAACAGCUGAAGACACAGGACAUUUAAAGCAGUUCUGUAGCAAGACAGAAAAAAAAAGGUAAUCAUUAGCAACUCAACUGAAAAUAAUAGGGAGUGGAUAACCUGGAAAGUUUAAAACUAGAUUCUCUUACUCUUUGAGGGUUAACCAGCCCUUGGGAAUGUGGUAGUAUCUAUGCAAAUAAAAUAAAUAAUUUCUCUAA